AUACUCAUAAAAUAAUUGGAUAAAAUCAAUACCAAACAAAUCCAUUUCAAGCACUAACUCUCACAACAAAUUUCCCAAUGUGUUGCAGCACCAACAAUGGAUUAUUGCUUCCCGGAACUCAAACCCGGUUCUUCUUCACCCAAUCCGACCCCGUCCUCCGUUUCAAGCCGACCCGGGUCCCAAUCGGAUCCUUCAAAAUCAAGGCCAAAAUCAAUGAUGCUUUGGUGAAAGAGUCCGCCGGGAUGUCCCUCUACAACCUUCUGGGGAUACCCGAGUCAGGAACCUUGCCGGAGAUCAAGCAGGCGUACAAGCAGCUGGCACGGAAGUACCAUCCUGACGUGUCGCCACCGGAUCGUGUCGAGGAGUAUACGAAGCAGUUUAUCCGGGUCCAGCAAGCUUAUGAAACGUUGUCGGAUCCAAGAAGGAGAGCUUUGUACGAUCGUGAUAUGUCUAAAGGCCUUCACCUAGCCUUCUCCGCGAGAAAACGAUAUCAAAACGACGUGGAGAUGGAAGACAGAGGCGAGUGGAAGAAUCGUUGGCAAUCUCAGCUGUCUGAGCUGAAGAGAAGAAGCAUGAAUAAGGAAGCGAGUGGAAACAUGUCAUGGGGAGCUCGAAUGCGCCGGCAAAGGGAAGAAUUAUCAAAGGAGUAACAUCCAGGAUGAGGAAAUUGAGGUACUUUUUGGCAUGUGUUAAUUGAAAGAGUUGAGGAGUAUUACUUUUCUAAUGGAAUUUGUUAGUUACCAAGAAAUAGAAAUUGUAUAGUUUGCUUGCUUAGCAUAACUAUCGGCAAUGAAUAUUGUACAUAUACUUGUAUUGACAUAAAAAUUUCGAUAUUAUAAUUUUAGUUUUCUUCUGUUUA